AUUACUACCUUUUUUACGUUGAUACUACCCCUCCCUUGCAAUCAAUCAACUCAGUUCUAGGAAUCGUAGCAGGCUAGACCUAUCCCUCAUUUACUCGCCAUGUCUGCCAUGUUUAUAGAUCCAUUCGACCGACUCCUCAACAACAUAAGCCAUGAUUUGGACGAUGCAAAUCUGCGCAGUUUGAUCUAUAUCUGCAGCCAUUACAUCCCAGGGUGUAAAAGAGACGAAAUCAAACACGGUUUGCAAGUAUUUCGGCUCCUCAAAGAACGAGAUGUGAUCGCCGGAAACAGAGAAAAGAUCGGAAACUUACUCGCCAUCGUCUAUGAAAUCAAGCCUCGACGUAAAGACAUAAUACAGAAAGUCAAGGAUUUCAUAGAGUUCGAUUUGGGGCUCGUAAUCGCAGGGGAUUUAGAAUCGAGUGGGGAACACACUCCGAUUUUAUUUCGUGGCGAGAAUGAUGGGAGCUUUCUUCGCUGCCGUUCGCCUGCUGUCACCCCUCGUUGCUGCGCCAUAGAAUGCUGUUGCUGUUCUUGUAAUUGCCGUCCAAGCACCGUCCCCGCCUCAGUUUGCCUCGUGUUUUCCGCUCUGUUCGCACUUUUGUCAGUAUUAGCGGCUAUUGCUUGGUACGGAGACCUCAAAGUUGUCACGGAUGCUGUAAAAAAGGGCGACUGGGGAAGUCUUGGCAAAUACAUAAUAGGCCUACUUGCACUGAUCUCGGUGGUUUUCUUCGUUUUGGCCAUCUACGUUUGUGUCCGAAACCGCCGUCAAAGGCAAUACGCCGCCAUGUUGGAUAGCGUAUCUCACGGGUCACAUGAUUCACGGCCAAGUUCUGGCAUGACUCGCCAAUCAUCAAUUGCUUCCUCCCUAUCUAACAUUUCCCCGUCUCGUCAUGACAAGCGAAUACGUCGCUACUCUUCGUCCACCGCGGCUAGCUCAGUUCCAAACAAUCGCCCCCCUCUCGAUGACCAGGCGUUCACGAUUCAAUCUCUGCCUAAAGGUCGCGUGGUCGCAGAUGGAGUACAGUACGACGACCAUUCCGAUGUGGGAUCAGAGCUCUCCUUCGAUCAGAUAUCUGGUGCUUCCGGAGUCCCUAGUGAAGAUCUGCCGGUCCCUCAAAGUUCUCGAGACCAGGAAUUCAUGUUUCGUGGUUUUUAUAUCAACUAUCCUGCCGUACAUAAGCAAUCCAACGUUAUUGAUUUACACUGACAGCAUUAACAACUAUACAGGUUUAUUAACAGGCAGUUUUUUUAACUUAGACAAUCUUAUAUAUAAUAUAACAUGUAAGACAUGUAUAGCUUACGUAUCUUUAAACACGAAGGCGCGAUAUAAAACGCCGCUUCCCAGGGAAGCAUCGGCUCAUUUGUCAAUCAACCGCCGUGGAGUGAGGAUCGAAUUCAAGAUGGCGGCAUAAGUCAAGUACAAAAUGCAGAGGGGAGAGGUUUCAAAGCGCUUCCUGAUGUAAAAAAUGCCAAUUCUACCUUCUAGUCCGAUAGAAUGUGUAAAUAAGGAAACUCAGUAGAAAUAAAGCUACGAAACCAUCGUGAUUUACGCAAAAAAAAGACGAGCAAACGCAUGACCAGAAAACAACGAUUGCAAACUUCGAAAAAGAUAAAUCAUCAGAGAAAGCAGUCCAUUAUUUGUAUUCUAGUAAUGUUAUCUAAACACUAUACCCAAGAAGCAAGUCAUAGUGACAUAUGAAUAAUCAACAAGAUAUAUUCCUCAAGAAAAAGCAGAUACAUAGAAAUAUACAGCCUUACAUUUCCCAUGUGAUUUUAAAUCAUAAACAUUCCUUUAUAAAGGAAGCAUGUUCCGUUGCUAUCAAAUUGAUUUAUGUGUCACUGAAGUGUUUAGCUACCAGUCAUAUUUUAAAAACUGCAUAAUAAAUUAUACUUUUGAAUAAACCAAAA